AUGUUAAAGGAUAAGGAUUCAGUUUCACUCACGACAGACAUAUGGUCAGACAGAGUGAUGAGAUCUUUUCUUGGUGUCACUGCACACACAAAUAUAUUAGAUAUCACGACCGGUGCUGAAGAAUUACGAUCAUUCCUAUUGAGUUGUAAGCGUUUUAGUGGUUCACACACUGGAACAAGUAUUGCCGCAGCCUUCGAUGACAUUUUAGAAAUCUAUGUCAUAAACAGCAAGGUGGAACACAUUUUGACAGAUAAUGCUUCAAAUAUGAAAAGUGCCUUUAAAGUUAAUUUUCCUACUGAGGAUGAUGAUGAUGAUGUAGAUGAUGACGGUGAUGAUGCUGCUUCUGUAAUACAAUCACACGUUUUAGACGAUGAAUCAAUCUGAGAGACCCUGGAUAGUGAAGAAGAAGAUGAUAUCAGAGAUGUUCUUGACAAUAACUGCAAGAAAAGACUGUCCUGCUUUGCCCAUAGUUUACAGCUAGUUAUUGGUUAUAUGAUAAAGUAAGUGCAACAGAACAUCAGAACCAUAGAUCAGAACUACAAGUGCAUUAACAAUUUUACAUUGAUUAAAAAAUAGUUUUUAUUUAUUAACUUAUUAUAAGUUAGCCUAUAUAGAUUCAAAUCUGAAUUCUGGUUGGUCUCAACACAGGUUUGAAGCCAAGUUUGGUGCAAAUCGUACUAUUCCAGCAGCUAAUACAACACGCUGGAACUCAACCUACAAUCAACUGAAAACACUCCUUAAGUUAUAGACCACCAAGCUGUGACAGAGAUUUGUAGUGAAGAAUUCAGAAAUGUUCUGUUUAGUACAAGAGAGUGGAGUCAGCUUAGUGAGCUAGCAGAAAUUCUUUCCCCAUUCUCGGAAGCAACUGAUUUGACACAAGGUACAGACAAUAAAACAUCCUCAAGACGUUUGAAUCAAUAUGAAUCUCCGGUUUCCCCUUUAUUCAGUGGGGGACACUAGAGCCUAGAAAGACAAGCUCUCAUCCUCUCUCUAAUUAUUUCUGGUGGCUUUUAAAUCGUAGCUGAAUAACUGCGUAUAAAAAGUUUGGCAAUAAUAUUAAUAGUUUGCAAAGUGCUGGGCUGUUCGUCACUGCCUAUUUAAUAGUAUUUAUUUAUUGUAUUUUUUAUUAUAAGGGCGAUCAAAUUGCAACUAUAAGUCUUGUGGUACCAACUGUUUUCACAUCUUUGCAAAAUGAAGGAGAGUACAAGAUACUGCAGAGCAGUUGUAGUGGCCUUAGCUACUUCGCUACGGAGUCGUUUUAAUGGCAUAUUUGUAUCUUGCAAUAUGAUAAGAGUUCCAGAAGUUAUUAAUAAUCCAUUUUCGGCUAAAAUUUAUCUUUUAGCUCAGUUUUAGACCCUCAGUUUGCGAUGCAUUUUGUUGACUUGGAUGUUUUGGUUGAAGGAGCGGAUGCUGCUGCCCUACAAAGGUUAGAGAAAAUCUCAAGGAACGUUUGGAAGGUAUAGGUACUAGGUAUUGUAAGCAAUAUUUUUUAAUGUAACUGUAGAACAAUGCAAAUAUUAAUUACAAAAUUAAUGUUCGGUUUUGUUACAGACCUAGUCAUUGCUGAAAUAGAAUCACGGAUCGCAACGGCAUCAGAGCAUUGAGACGAAAUGUCGACUGCGCCGUCCAGUGGCAGUAGGGAAACAUCUCAAUGCACGGAUAAAGAAUUAGGUGAUGGGAAUGUUGGACAAAAUAGCCGGGCAAAGCGCAAAUUUCCAGUCGACUAUUUUCCCGUUAUGACAGUCAUACGCAAAAGAAGAAAACUGGUGCAGAUAAUACUGCUUUAACCGCCAAGAAUCAAUUUGCAAAGUAUUUGGAGGAAAUUGAUGGGUACGAUCCAACAGAAGGACGUUGUGACGUGUUUCAUUUCUGGCCCGACAACAAAAAGAAAUUUCCGCACCUUUCUAAUCUGGCAAUAAGGGUCCUUUCCAUUCCAGCUUCAAGUCCGCCAAUAGAAAGAGUAUUUUCUCGUGGUGGCAUUAUUAUGCGCCCUCACAGAGCAAGACUUGGUGCAGAGACACUUUCAAAACUUAUUUUCCUCAAAUGCAACGAAACACUGUCAGACUAA